AAACGUCACACACAGCCCGGCCUUCUGCGCGCUCGUGUGUCACGUGACUUACCCGGAAACGCGACGAUGGAGAAACGCUAAAGAAGGUACUGCCCUGGCAGUGGCUCCUCUUUGCCCAGUGUGCUUGUCUAAUGGCAGCAGUUUGGCAGCAGGUUUUGGCAGUGGACGCAAGGUACAAUGCUUACCGCACGCCCACCUUCCCACAGUUCCGAACUCAGUACAUUCGCCGACGCAGCCAGCUGCUCAGAGAGAACGCCAAGUGUGGCUUUGAGCCGGGGCUGCGCAGGCAGUAUCUGAGGCUGCGCAGUCAACUGCUGGCCCUGCGCUACGGGCCGUUGUCCGAGCAGAGCAGCUUCAGGGCCAGCAGUGUGCGCAGCUCCCGCACCACACUGGACCGCAUGGAGGACUUUGAGGAGGACCCUCGUGCCCAAGGGGCUCGUGGCCACCGGCGGUCCGUCAGCAGAGGCUCCUACCAGUUGCAGGCCCAGAUGAACAGAGCCGUCUACGAUGAAAGGCCUCCGGGCAGUUUGGUGCCGACCUCGGUGGCAGAAGCGAGUCGAGCCAUGGCAGGGGACACAACUUUGAGUGAAAAUUAUGCUUUUGCUGGAAUGCACCACAUAUUUGACCAACAUGUUGAUUCUGCAGUACCACGGUUACAAUUUGCCAAUGACGACAAGCACCUUCUCGCUUGCUGCUCGCUUGACGGCACCUUGUCCAUCAUGACCCUGUCCCCUCCUCCGGUCAGCGUGAAGCUGAUUCUGAAAGGCCACGGAGGCCCUGUCACAGACUUUGCUUGGUCCCUCAGCAACGAUGUCAUCGUGUCGACAUCGCUUGACGGGACCCUGCGGAUCUGGAAUACCGAGGAUGGCCGGUGUAUCCGAGAGGUUCAAGACCCAGAAUCCAGCGAGCUACUCUGCUGCACUUUCCAGCCAAUGAAUAACAAUCUCACUGUGGUGGGCAACAGUAAGCACCACCUGCAGGUGGUAAACAUCUCCACGGGCAAGAAGGUGAAGGGCGGCUCCAGCAAGCUGACGGGCCGCGUGCUGUCACUCUCCUUCGACUCUCCAGGGAGGAUUCUCUGGGCGGGCGACGACAGGGGCAGCAUCUUCUCCUUCCUCUUCGACAUGGCCACAGGGAAGCUAACCAAAGCCAAGCGUCUGGUGGUCAGCGAAGGCAGCUCCAUCUGCAGCAUUUCUGCUCGCUCCUGGAUCAGCCGAGAGGCACGAGACCCUUCCCUGCUGGUCAACGCCUGCGUCAAUAAACUGCUGCUCUACAGGGUGGUGGACAACGAAGGUGGGCUCCAGCUAAAGAGAAGCUUCCCCAUCCAGCACGGCUCGCAGCUCGUUCACAGCAUCUUCUGCCCCCUCAUGUCUUUCAGACAGGGCGCAUGUGUUGUGACGGGCAGCGAAGAUGCCUGCGUCUACUUCUUUGACGUUGAACGCAACACCAAGGCGAUUGUGAACAAGUUGCAAGGUCACGGCGGCCCUGUCCUUGAUGUUAGUUUCAACUGUGACGAGAGUAUGCUGGCCUCUGCUGACUCCACGGGCAUGGUCAUCAUCUGGAGGCGGGAGCAAAAGUAACGCAAUAAAAGGCUUCCAUGUACAACCUUCAGAAAAAAAUGCUACUGUUCCUUAACUGUUGUAAAUUUGUUUUCACUGUAACAGGCUGCUUUUUGACUUUUGUCAUUCUUGUCAAGUGCAAUCGGAACACCAUGCUGUGUAGGAGGUGAGUUUUAGAAAAUUCAGGUGGGGUUAGAGUGUGUGAGUACGCUUUUGCGUUUUAAAACAUUUCAGCGCUCGUUUCCCCAGGUUUGACAGGAAGCACCUGCAGAAACAUUUCCAACACUGUCCUUCUGCUGUAACUGCCUAUUUGGUAUCAGGCAAUAUGUAUGUAGUCAAAAUACCUUAUUUUCUUUUCAUGUGUGCUAUGCCCUAUUUGUGUUUGAGACCAUGAGCAUUAUGCACAUUCUAAGUUUAUUUGUGCUUAUCUCUGCAUGUGUGUGUAUUUACUGGAGAUGCUUAAUGAAAUGCCCUGGAAAAAUAAACUACUGUAACUAACUGA